GAUGCUGCAACCAAAUGCACUGCGGUAAAAAAUUAACGUCAGACAGGGAGCCAGAAGUCUGUAUUAUUCGCAAUGCAAUCCUGGGAGAAACAUCUAUUCUAGGCCUACAAGUCCAGGGUCAUUUUAAUGGGUGGAAUAAUUUUUGCCACUCAAAAGGAUCAACAAUAAUAAUAAUCAAUCAGAAGGAAGGAAAAGAUAGCCUUAAAUUUUCCCCCGGAGAAAGGACAAAUCGGCAUAAGGAGGCAAUUUUGUUCAGAAAGGACAACGUGAGGACAGUAAAAUGUGAGACAACGCAAAUGAUGAUUAUUUAAACCAAAUAGCGCAAUAACACAUUUACCGUGUUCCUAAAAAAAUAAAAUAUAAUCGGUAUGUUGCUUAUGUAGCCUAGGCCUUCUUUCUUCUGGCAUGCAAUUAAUUUUUAAUUUAGCUUAUGCAGUGGCUUGCGAUUUUACAGUAGCCUAUUUAAACCAAAGGCCUAAAAUGUCGACAGAUUAUUCCAAUAAGCGUCAUAUAUAACCGUGUCAAUGUCAUUUAGAACUAGGCCUACUAUUCGAAUAGAAUAUCAGACUACAGUUGAUAUAAAUAGCCUGUAAAGAUAAUAAUAGAUUAGAGUAUUUGAUAUUAAGACUUCAGGGAACUGAUAAUCCCAGGCCAGGGUAUAGAUUUGUAAACACUGUGUCAACAAAGAUCUGUAACAAUAGAAAAAACUGACCAUAAUCAUAGUUAUAGUUUAGGGAUGUGUAGGCUCUUUUGUAACAGCAGUAAUCAGAUCAAUGUUGCAUUGAACAUUGUAACCUAUGUUUAACUUGUGGAUUCGAGCCAAAGAAGUGAAGCACUUUUAUUUGCUAGAUUUAAAUGUUUAAAAAAAGGUUAUAUUGGCUGUAGUCAUCUUUUUAAGGGAGGCUUUUAAAUAGGCCUACUGUAUAUUAGAUUAGCACUCUUAGCCUGUAUUGGGUAUUCUGUUUAUUCUCUAGAAAGUCUCUCCUUGGCCUGUUGGCCUUAUAUUUGCACUUUAUUGAAUUGAAAUCAUCAAGCGCCAGAGUUUUCCUAAAACACAUUCAUUGUAAACAAAUAUUAAUGGUAAAACUUGCAUGUCCUGCAUGAAAAAGCACAUGAGAACAGUAGCCUAUGUAACAAUGUCAAUUCAUUAAUGCAAUAGUCUUUAAAUAAGAAGAUUGUUUCCAUUUAAAGAGAAGCGCAUGGCACUAAGAGCAUGGCACAACGAGCAUGGCGCCUGCAACACCAGGAUUGUGGGUUCAAUUCCCGGGACCACCCGUCAUUUCGGAGGAAGCAACUUCAGUCCCUACCAUUUCUUACUUUGCUCAAACAAAGUCUUUCUGGAUAACAUAUCAAAGGAAUAUCUUACUCUCAAGUGUUCAAAGAGACUGUUGGGAUAUUUUUUGAUACCUCUUGAGGCUUCUCAGCCCUAGGAUUUGUACUAGCGUUGCUACAUUACACCCGAGGACAUGUCUGCUAUGCGGCUGCUGCUCCUGUCUCUGCUUUGCGCUCUCUUUGUGUCCCUGUGCCAUGGGGCCUGUUCAGAGGUGGACUCGGACACUGAGGCCGUUGCAGGCAAAGGGUUCAAACUGGGCUGCAUCUCCUGUAAGAUGAGGCCCGAGGUGGAGGCUUCUGCCACAGUCGACUGGUAUUUCAAGGCCAAAGGGGAAGCUGACUAUGCUCAUAUAUAUAAUUACAAUGAGGAGGGCCCCCACAUUGUGGAUGAGCGCUUCGAGGACCGCGUGGACUGGAACGGCAGUAAGAGGAGCCAAGACAUACAGGAUGCGUCCAUCUAUGUCUUCAAUGUCACCUUCAAUGACUCGGGCACCUACAGUUGCCACUUCCACCGGCUCCUGUCGUACGAGUUCUACGAAUACCAGACCGUUGUCAGCAAGCUUGUGCACCUGAAAGUCGUGGCUAAAGCCACCAGAGGGACGGCCUCCAUAGUCUCUGAGGUGAUGAUGUACGUGUCCAUCAUCGGGCUACAGGCUUGGCUCUACAUAGAGAUGGUAUACUGCUUCAGAAAGAUCUCAGCUGCAGGAGAGGAAGCAAUAAGAGAAAGCGCGAAUGCAGAAUAUUUAGCUAUAGCCUCGGAGGGUAAAGAUAACUGUGCAGGAGUGCAAGUGGCAGAAUGAAACAGGUGUAUCAUGAACAAAAACUGUUAUCAGCAAGUAAAAGGAUAAGAACACUCAAAGCAUAAACAAUGUAAAUGCAGUACAGCACAUAGUAGCCUACAAAAUUCAAGUAUCGGAGUGAUAUUUGCAAUGGGCACAGCCAACAAUGUGUGUGAUGGAUUCGACUUCCACUUUAUAUCCCUACUGCAGCGUGCUGGUGGCAAACUUUCCAGAGUCAAUUCUUUGAAAGAGUCAAUUUGAAAGAGUAUAAAGAGUAUAAAAGUCAAGUAAACAGCUUUAAGUAAGUGUAAGUGUAUAAGUAUAAUUUUAUUUCAUUUAAUUCAAGUUCGCUAAUGUUACCUAGAACUUCUAGUAGGCUGGUUCUGUUGUGGUAGAGUUAACUAGCCUGGGCCAUCCACCAAGCCAAUAACUCUAAUGUUGACUACAAUGAAAAACUAUUGGCUACAUAGCUAUAAAACAUUGGUGAGCUUCCAUCCUGGAGGAAAGUUGAUCGUUUAUCAUUCUACAGUCCUACACCUGUCAAUCAACUGAUCAAAGCAUCCUACUGCAGGCUGCCUGUUAAUAAGGUGGUAACACAAGACCAUUCGUGAGGUCUCCAACUCACAGAUAGGCUACUUCAAUGUACAUGUAGGUCCAGUGAAAAAUGAUACAGUAACUUGUAUCUAAAUGUUGCAAUUCAACAACAAAUGCCAUUUAGCCUGCACAUAUUGUACUGCAUGCCAUUGCCUUUUUGCUCAAGUGGUCUGCAAGUGAUUUCCAUUUUUCGAAUGGUUGUCAAUUCCUUUGGGUGUUCUUUUUCACUGUGCUCAUCUCUGUAUGUUCUGUGCAACAAUGUUAUCAUAACUGGCCUAAAGUGAUCACACCAAUGCACUUUCCCUCAACUUUCCUCGACAUGCAUUUUCUAUGCUGUUGUAGGCCUGUUUUACAUUCAGCAAUUAGCAGGAGCAAGCCUGCUUCUUUCAACCAAAUAGGCUAUUAGGGCUAAUAUUUAAAAAAAAAUCCUCAAAAUAAACAUCUAUAGCUUUUGUAGACUAUAACUUUCGAUGGGAUUUCACACGAAGAGGAAAUGGCCUAUUUCGGAGAGGCUUGCGGCGUAUAGCCUGUUGCGCACGGGAACAACUGGAAGAGAAGCUAUUGAUGUUUAGCCGGAAUAAGAAGCUAAAUAUUAGAUAUUAGGCCAUUCACUAGCUAAAUAUUAAACUACAGGCUAAAUAGUUACCUGUCAAAGUGCGCGAAAAAUAAAUUAACAGAUUAUGAUAUGGCAGAUCUGGAGUGCGUUCCUGCAGACAAUUAUACCUGGCCUACAACAACACAGUGCAAUGAGGAAUUAAUUAUUGUUAUCCAGUGAAUACGCAAUAAUUGCCCAUAGGCUGUAAACUGCAGUGAUGUAGGCUAAUUUGAAUAACCGCUCACACAUGCCGAAAUAACUGCAUAGGUCAACAGCGUAGGCCUGAUUAUACAACCAUUUGGAUCAAUUUGGGUCUAUCCUCAACAGUGUAUAAGGUCCAGAAAGAUACAUUAGCAGGCCACUCAUAUGGUGUAGGACUAUUUUGUCAGGAUGUAGCCCAGUGUUAAGAUAGGCCUAGGCAUACUAUAAGAAAAUAUGGACUUCUCCUUUCCAACUCCCCGCCCGUUAAUGCUGUAGCAUAUUUUACAUUCAGCAAGCACGAGCAAGCAUGCAUCUCUCCUCCAAUAGGUUAUUAGUAGGUGAAUGAAAAUAAGUUGAAACAAGUGUUCAACAAGCUUUUGGCUUUUACUGGGACUCCACAAAAUUUCAAAGGAAUAGCCGUGACAGAGGAGAGGCAACAGAACAAUGAAGACAGACAGGCUCGACAUGUAAAACAUAGCCUAAGUUAGAAGCGUAUGCAUAUUCGACCAUAAUUCAUAAGCCCAAUGUUAGGCUUAAUACUGCAGUGCAUAUAUCCAGUCAAAGGAGGAAAAAAAGUGUAUCAUUCAAAUAAAGCAUAGGUAGUUUACAUUAUGUGCGCGCUCCCUCCCAGUCCCCAGGUACGAUGCUCGUCUCCAGGUAUGAUGCUCGUCACCAGGUACGAUGCUCGAAAAUAUGCCCUAUUGUUUCAUGUUUUUUAGGGACAAGCAAUGUAUCCUACAUAGGCUACAACAACACAAUGUAAUGAAGAAUGUUAGUGUUUUCAAGUGAGUGCAAACUCUAGUCUAGGCUGUAAACGGCAGUGAAUAGGCUGUCAUUUGAAUAACCGCUCAAAACAUGGCAUUUAGAAUGCAUAUUCAUGUUGAAAUAAGUGCAUCUAGGUUGCCUGAUUGGGCAACCAUUUGGAUCAGUUCUGUUUUUUACCAAGGCAGUUUAGCCUACAAAGUCCAGGCACAUUAGCAGGACAGUAAUAUGGUGUAUUUUGUCAUUAUGUAUCAGCUAACAGAAACCUACUAUUAAAUGCAGGGAUUUCUA